AAUGAAGAGAAAUAAAUCAUUGCUGAAUUCUGAUAUUGUUUCCCAGAUUCAUAGUUUCAUGGAUAAUUUAAAUAUAACCCAAGAAAAUUUAACCAAUGUUGUAGCAUUUAUUAAAGAGCAAUCUGCCUUGAUUAUUCAAAAUGAGCACAGUAAAAUUUACUCCACUGAAAUGAUGAUAUUCUGCUCAUUAUUUUAUUCAAUGGCUCCGCAUGCAUAUAAAUUUGUCAGAAAGUCUGGCUAUAUUUUGUUACCUCAUCCUGUAACUUUGAGAAAUAUAUGCAUACCUAUCAACACUUGCCCUCAGUCAGAGCAGACCGAAUUGCAUUUCUUAAGGUACAUUAAGCAGAAAUUACAAUUCAUAGUAUCUGCAGAUAAAAAUGUGAUUCUUCAAAUAGAUGAGAUGCACGUCAAACCCUACUUUGAUUACAAAGGGGGAAAUAUAUCAGGUUUCAGUUACAAUUCAGAAAAUGCCGCCACAAGUGUUGUGACUUUCAUGAUAAAUAGUAUUUCAUCGUCAUAUAAAGAUGUUGUUCACAUUCUUCCUGUAAAUAAAAUAGCAGCAGACGUUUUACAUGCAUUCAUUAAAAAAAUUAUUAUUGGGUUAGAAAACAUUGGUUUUAAAGUGAUAUGUGUAGUAACAGACAACAAUUCAGUCAAUCAAAAAGCAAUGUCUCAGUUCGCUUCUCCUUCACAGUCAUAUUCAAUUCUUUAUCCUCAUCCGGUAAAUAAAGAACGACCUCUUUUUUUCAUGAUCGAUACUGUCCAUUUAUUGAAGAAUAUUCGCAAUAACUGGAUCAAUCAAAAGAAUGUUGAUAAAUGUAUGUUUUACCCU